AUGAUAAAAUAUAAGAAAGGAGACGACAUAACAUGCGAAAACUGCAAAACAAACAUAACACCAUUGUGGAGAAGAAGCGAGACAGGAAACUAUCUGUGUAAUGCCUGUGGGCUGUAUUUAAAGAUCCACAAGAAGCACAGGCCUGUAAAGUUUAUGAGCAAGGAAAUAAAGCACAGACAGAGGCAGCCCGUAUCCAGAAUUCUGGCAGACGGCACAACUGAAGGGUAUGAGCUAGCAUACAACGAGAUAGGGGUGCAGAACACAGGAGGGAAGAACCACGCGUUUGACGACUGCCUUGUAAUAAACUACAGCGAAGAAGAAAUAGAAGCACUCUCCGGCCUGGUGAUGCUUACAACCAUAGAUAGAUCAAAGUAG